AUGCCGAGCAUAGAAUCGUUGGGCGUCGUUUUGCUCGGGUUCCUCUUGGGCAGCUUCCCCACUGCGUACCUGACGGGCAAGUGGCGGCGAGGCAUCGACAUUCGUGGCGUGGGCAGCGGCAACCCCGGAGCGACUAACAUUGGGCGGGAAGUCGGCGUAGCCUCGGGCAUUCUGGUGCUUGCCGUGGAUGCCGCUAAGGGCGUAGUCGCCAUCGUUGUUGGGCAGCGACUAGGUGUGCCACCAACUACGCUGUACUUUACGGCGCUGGCUGCAGUUGUGGCACACAACUUCUCACCAUUUCUGGGUUUUCGAGGAGGCAAGGGCGCUGCAACCGUGCUGGGCAUAUCCAUGCUUAUGCUCUGGCAGAUUACGGCAAUCUCAGGAGCGAUCGGUCUCCUGGCGCUUGCGGCGACGCGCCAUGUUGUAUGGGCAAUGACUGCGGUCUUCAUCGCGCUGAACGCGCUCACCAUUGCCACGGGUCAGCCGCUUGGUCAGAUCAUCCUCUGCAUAGUUCUGUCAUUGCUCGUCGCGUGUACACACUUCGGACGCCAGCGCGCCUAUCUGUUGCCCGCCCUCGCAAACAGAGACUGGCGCCGCUUCAUGAGCAUAGACUGA